CAUAGCAGGGCGGAGAGAAUAAAAAAAGUAGAAAAACCGCGCGCAAGAAUAAUGAAACUGUCGCCGCCGAUGGGUCCAAAGUAUGCGAGAAAGCGAAUCGAACGCGCGAGUGAUUUUUUUUUUCUGUAUAUUCUAACUUAGCGUUUAGUCAAAUCAAGUGGUCGCCCUUUGCAGUUCCACGAACGGGAGGGGGCCAGAAAUGAUACGUGGAACGACCUCUUUUAGAUCAAUAUUUAGAUGUUCCAAAUAUUGUGUUUACGUAAAUAGAAGCGUCCUGUCAGAAGUAUUCAGAACAAUGGAAUCUCCUAGCACAAGUUCCGCCACUAAUCUCUGUGAAUUAUGCAACAAACGUACACGCUUGUAUACUUGUCCACGAUGUGGUAUAGGCUACUGCGAAGCGAAAUGUUACAAAUCGAAUGCACACAUGGACUGUUCUGAGAGCUUUUACAGGCAGUGUGUCGAAGACGAGUUAAAGUCUCAGGAGAAUGAUCCAGUUGUUAGACAAAAGAUGAUAGAAAUCCUUAAGAGAGUACAUGAGGCAGACCAAGAGGAUAAUAUCCUAAAAGAAAAUUUAGAUGAAGAGAGUUCCAGUGGUGAAGACUGUUCGUUGGAUUCAGACGAUGAGCAAGAACUUCUUGAUUUAGAAACCAGACUGCAGAAUGUUAAUUUUGAAGAUCCAAAUGAACUUUGGUCAGCUUUAUCUGAAGCAGAGAAGCAAGAAUUCGAGGCACUGAUAAAGAAUGGAGAGGCAGAAAAAUUGUUGCCAAAGUGGGUACCAUGGUGGACUCAUCAUGUGGAGGAAAAGUUAAUACAAUCCAUCGAAGAGGAUAUUAAAGACACUUAUAAUGACUUGAAGUAUCCUGCUUUGGUAGAUGUACCAUUAUUUAAGGAAUUGCAGAAAGCAUCUCCUUGUAUACACUUUAACGUGACAAAUGUGAUACAUGCUUAUGCAUAUAUCGCUCUUUAUUAUCUCGGUGAUUAUCUGGAUUGUCCCGAGGAAGCUGCUAAUGUUUUUCUGAUGAUAUGCGAAAAUAUGAAAAACAAUGAAGUCUUCAAAGAUAUGGAUUCGGCAAUUGAAUCGGUUAUCAAAAAUGUUAAAAGCGUUGACUGGCUGCCACAAGAUGAACAAACUAUAGUGGCCUUGAGAGAAGCUGGCAUUUCCAUUUUACAAGGACCAGGCACUGAGAUGAAAACUGUCUACAUAGCCGCGGCAUUGUCUGAGCUUCAUCGAUUGUUAACAGCAGCCAAGAAAGAAAUUUCAAUCAGCAAGGUCCCGAGCGGCAACCAAGAAUUCACAAAGAGAUUUUCACAAAAGCAUAAUAACGAUGCAAAUUUGUCAACAAAGAGUAUACUUUUAUGCAUAAAAAAAUUAGAGUAUUAUUUAUCGUGGAUAAAAAGCUCUAUGACAGGAAUUGUAUAAAAAUAUAAUUUUAUUACUUAUUAAAA